CUCCUAACUACCUAGGUACACCCUGUCAAUGAAUCCUCGUUGCCACAGUCUCCCACUUUCAGUCAACACGCCCGUUGCAAUUGGAGCCUAGGUGAUCAAUACAGGCAUGGCCGAACCGCGCGACAGCAGCCCACCCAGCCUUAAGGAGAGACUGAGACAGCGGAGAAAACAGAUGGGGCGCGCUCGGUCUCCCAAUAGAGAUGAGCCAGUGGACGGCAACGCCUUGGAAGAAGGAACCGUCGUCCUGCACGAGAUGUUCGCCCGGAUGGUUACGCUCCAUCCAGGAAACAUCGCCAAGAAGUCGGGCAAAAGCAUUUGCCUCCAGGAAGCCGAUGCCUUACGCGUUGCCGAAUCAGCUGGGCUCCCUGUGCCUCAUGUACACAGCGCCGAGACGACUUCCGAUGGGAAGAACUACAUCUCCAUGGACUACAUCAAGGGCCAGGUUCUUUCCGAUAUUUGGACUGGGCUUUCUGGGGAGGAGAAAAAAGCCAUAUCUAGCCAGCUACGCGAUAUACUGGUGAUUAUGCGAUCUAUUCCAGCCCCCGAGGCACAUAUUGGGGGAUGUGCAGGAGAAAAGAAAGAGUUCAACGAUUACCUCUUAGCCAGUCUGUUUCCCCAAAUUCCGUCACCCAUAUACGCAGCCUUCUCCCGGCGGCUCCGUACCAACCAUCGCAUCGUAUUCACACACGCGGACUUGUCACCUAGGAACAUCAUUGUCAGAGACGCCAAGGUCGUAGGCAUCAUUGAUUGGGAAGACGCAGGGUGGUACCCUGAAUACUGGGAGUAUGUCAAGUUCUUUCAACGCUCUACUACUGAGGACGGAGACUGGCGGUGUCACGCCGACGACAUAUUCCCCUGUGGCUACCCAGAUGAAUUAGUCGACUACAUUGCUCUAUCCAAGUGGCAAUCGCCGUAA